AUGGCGCCAGGGUGGUGUCUACGUGCGUCUGACUCAACCUGGGAAAACGGAUGUUUACGAGCAUGCGACAGCGGCAUCCCAGACAAGGGAGUCAGCGAGGCCGAACGCGAGCGAGUCACUGAAGAAGAAAUGAUGAUGUCGAGUUCACCUGGCAACGCAGCGUCGUCGCCUCUGGCGUCCCUGCGAGGUCGCUGUGCCCGCGCUCUCUCUCGGCUUUUCUUCCCCUUUGAGCGAUCUGCGGCCUCAGGCGAGCCGCCUGCGGACUCUGCGUUUGGAGUGCUCCCGCGGCUGCUCCUUGGCGCCGUGAAGAAGCAAGCGACGCUGAUAAAAGACGCGAAAACGCUGUACAACGCGUCGCGCAUCUUGCUCUCUCGUUUCGCGGAGGCGGCCAACACGCGCCUGGCAGACCUUGGCCUCGCACUUCGCCCGGUGAUUCAUCUUCUCCUCCUUCACCACCAGCCUCUCUUCCUCGCAGCCGCGCAUCUCAUCAGAUUUUUUAAAAUUCUGCUCUACCUGCGCUACCUUUUUGACUGGCUCCCGCAAGUCAACCCUCACCUGCCGCCCUUCACGUUCGUCUACCGCGCGACAGAUGCCUACAUCUCUAUCUUCACGCGCUUCGUGCCCUCUAUCGCGUCCAUGGAUCUCUCUGGCUUCGCGGCUUGGGGCGUGCUAGAGAUGACUGAGAACUCCCUCGCGCGACUGAUCGCCACAUUCGAGUAG